CCUAACUGAAUUUUUUUUUCUCUCACUAUCUGCAUACAUAAUUUUUUUUUUGAUUCGAGUUUGAUUAACAAUUUGAUGGUUUAUUCUAUGAACGAUAUAAUUAACCAUGUCAAUUGAUCAAGAGGAGGACCACCAGUCAAAAAAGGCGAUUCAUUCUUUAGUGGCUCACUUUCUCCAGAGUAAUAAUUAUCAUAAGACUUUAAAACAAUUCGAAGAAGAGCAUGGUAAACCGAUCAAUCCUGAACCCUUACAUAGCUCUGAAAGUUUAGAAGAGAUCAUUAAAGAUCGGAUUAAUUUCAAUGAGUUAAGUCUGGCUUUGGAGGAUGUGGUUGAUGUUAAUAAGGAGUUGUCGUUUGAUUUACAAUCGAUCAUUACGCAUCAGAUUGAUAAUUGGCCAACUCCAUAUCCUAGUCAAUCUGAAAUCUUAAAGAAUGUUCAUGGAUUGAUUAUAAAUUCAAGUUAUGAUAAAGUUAAUGGGUUAUUGUUUUUAAGUACGAAUGAUUCGAAAUUCAUCGUGGUUGAUUAUGCUACUAAUGAAAUUAUUGGAGAAUUCGUAACUUUAAUCGCAAGAGUAGUGAUUAAGAAGAUUAUAACACUUGAUGCUAAUCAUGUAUUAUUAAUUGGAAUCGAUGGUAAGAUCAAUUAUUUCAAAUAUACAUUUAAAGACAAGAAGAUUGACUUUGAAUUAAUAGCGAGUCAUCAAGCUCAUAAGAGAUUCGUUGUCGAUGUUAAACAUAUCACGAUCAAUUCCCAAAUAUAUUUAAUAUCAUUAGGAUGGGAUUUCUAUGUGAGAGCAUUUAAAUUGAAUGAUAGAGAUUUUGAAUUGAUUUCAGAGAUAAAAUUAGCGAGUCAAGGAACUUGUUUUGAUAUCGUUUAUUAUCAAGAUCAAUUAGUCAUUGUUUUGGGUAAGAAUGAAAAUACAUUAUUAGAUGUAUUAACUUUACAAGAUUUUAAAACAUUAAGUUUGAAAUAUAAGAUUUCUUUAAAUGAUGCUGAAUUUUCAUCAUCAAGUUUUUCACCUCGAUGUUUAACUAUUCAAACUCCAACUUCUUCAUUAAUCCCCUUGAUUGCAGUUGGAACAUCUCAUGAACCAUAUAUGAGAUUAAUCAUUGUAUCAUUAAAGGAAAUCAAUAGUGAUACCAGUGUUUCAUUAGUCAAGAGGAAUCAAAUCAUUAAGAAUUUAAAUACCUUAUCACCUCAAGAUAAGUAUAGUCAAAGUUUAAUUAGUUGGAGGAAAUUAACCAAUGUUGACAAGAGUGUUGGGGUAUGGAUAGCCGGUGAUGAUGGGAUAAUUCGGGGAAUUGAUUUGAUUCAUGAUAGAGUAAUAGUUGAAUUAUCAGGGCAUAAGGGGAAGAUUAAAGAUUUUAAUAAUGUUAUAGACGAAGACGAUAAUGAAAUCUUAAUAACAGGAGGUGUUGAAAGAGAUGUUAAAUUAUGGAAAGUGAAAAUAUAGACAACAAUAACAAGGUUAUUAUCGAAGAAGAUUAAAUCAUAUCGGAUAACAUACAUAUAGAAAAAAAGAAAUAAA